GUAUCCGCGUUCCGUCUCGCCUCCGUCGGAUUCUUCAAAGCGAUUCUCAUGAUGCACUCUUGUCCAUAGCCACUGCACGCAAACGACCUCCCAAGCUCGCCUUUCACUGUUUCUUUAACGUCAACCGCUAAAAACAUCAGUUUCAAAUUGCUAAGCAAGCAGAUAUAGAUAACUCACCACCGUAUUGAGAAUGGAAGAGUUCGUGCAACAGAAUAUAAGCCUGAGUUCGAUGUCCGAGAUCUACUCGAGUUCGUUUGUCUGUGGGCGGUGCUAUUUCGUACACUCUUUGCUUCUGCCAGUUGAAAAAUGCGGGACAAAUGUAGAUGACCUCAUCUCCGCGACUGUUUUGACAAGCAGGCACACCUCCUCUUUAGUAAAUAUCAGCAAUACUCCAACUCUGAUAGAGAUUCGCACUCACUGUCCCGCUCUACAGCAUCCAUUUGGGCUGGAGCAAUCGAAGUGGACAUCCUUGAUCGGCACGUUGGACUUGAAUCUCGCCAUCUUGUGGUACCUGGUGUUGAUCUUCUCCAUCGACACUCUUUGCCCGCUCUCGGCCCCGAACCACGCCACCUGUGCAGCUGAUUUCAGAGACGCUUCGGACGCUCCUACAGCCGCUUGUGCGAGCAACUGCAUGUCAUCGAUGACAUAAUCAAGGACUUGGGCUUUUGUAGGUUUUCUAUCUCCUAGCGACGCAUCACAUCCGUCGAUGUGAUAGCUGGCUCAUUUUUCGAGUAAUGGAGACGACAAGACCGGUAGCGCGAAGAGGAUGAAAG